AUGCCGACGCCGCCCAAAAGCCACAAGCCCCGCACACCGUCCAAGCGCGCGAGUCUCAUCCAGCAGCCCCUGUACUUUUUAAAGCCCCACGAGAAGGCGCGGCCCGACCACCGCAAUAGCUACCGGGACAUGGGUCUUUUGACGGCCGCCGAUUUUGCACGGGGCGACUGCGCAGCGCCAAACAUCGAGUGCUGGCCCCUCGGCGCGCGCGUUCGGAAGGAAGAGGACGUGCUUGGCAGCAACAAUCGCAAGGGCAUGCGACCCGAGAGAACUCCUGCGAAACCUCUGCUUCUACAACAACUCGAAGCCUUCUUGGCUGCCGAGCUGAGUAUUGUGGGCGCGACCGAGCACGGCGACCGCGAGGUUGACGACGAAGGCCGCGCACAGAUGCACUUGGCGCGCUUGCAAGUGUUUCGAGAGUGCUUUCUCCUCUUGAUUGAAGACUUUAAGACGUACCAGCCGCUUUUGCUACGCAUCAAGGCCGAGUACGAAGCUCUUUUGGACAUUUACACGCUCAAGGUGAGCAAAAUUCCGCAGUACGAAGCCACGAUCCGCACGAUGGAACAAGAAGCCCAGCAUGUGAUUAGCGAGCGCAACCUCAUCAACAAGAUGAAAGUCAAGGCCCUCAAGAAGCAACUCAAGUCGACCCAAGCCAUGCUGACCUCGUAUGCGGCCGCCAAUGCGAGCCUCGAAGAUGGCCGCACCAAGCUUUUAAGCGAUCUGCAGGAGCAGGUCAAGCGUGUCGCUGACGUCAUGGCCACCAACCAGAUGCUCUUGCACUCGAUGAAGCGCCAGGAUGAGCGCCAAAAACAGCACGACUCGCAGUUGAGCGAACUCCACGGCGUGCUCCAAGGAGUGACGACCAAGUACACGCGCGCGCAAGAAGAAAUCCACGAGCUCCGGAGCUCGAUCUUGACGCUGGAAGAGCGUGCCGGUGGCAUUGACGCCAAUGCCGACAAGGCGACAAUCAACCACUUGACGCGCGAGCUUCAAGAGGUUCUCCACGCCAAAAUGACGUUGGAAAAACAGGUAUUCGACUGCAAAAUGGAGUAA